CACCUUCACACCGACCAAACCCUCAAUUAAUAAAUAUUCUCUUCUAAUGCUCUCCAAUAUUCUUUCCCUAUAAAUAACGCAUUUUUGUUCUUCAUACACAGCCAGCUAGCAAUAUAUCAUCUCUGGAGUCUAGAACCAAACUUUUGGGAUACAAAAGUUACAAACACCAAUCUCAACUCUUCCUUUCUGUGGCUACAAUCUCUUAAACAUAAUCACCAUGCCCAAUAUCUCCAAAACUCCAUUUGUUUCUCUUCUCCUUUCUUUUAUCCUCAUCUACCUAGCUGCUGAUGCUGAUGAAAUGCAGGUGAGCAGAACCAACAUUGACAGCCCUCCUCCUGAAACCGGCAUUGGAGGCGCACCACCACCACCACCACAGCCCAUAGAUUGUGAUGGAAGGUGUGAAGAGAGAUGCAAAUUGUCAUCGAGGCAACGUUUAUGCAAACGGGCAUGUGGAACUUGCUGCGAUCGUUGCGGUUGCGUUCCACCGGGCACUGCCGGUAACUAUGAUACCUGUCCUUGCUAUGCCAACAUGAUCACCCACGGUGGUCGGCGCAAGUGCCCUUGAAAGUUGAAAUAAUUAUAACUUCCAUUUUCCAUCCUUCUCAAUUGCCUCCACAUUGCUCUGCCUGCUGCUUUGGCCUCUCAUCAUCAUCAUCAUCAUCAUCAUCUUAUGCAAUACUAUAUGUUUUAAUUAUAUAUCAAGCAUAUCAGCUACUGUAUCAAUCCAAGAGAAAAAAAAUGAGAUUAAUCUAUAUUAUAAGAUAUUUAAUGGAAUUAUAUUAAUCAAUUAAUAUUAA